AUGUCAUUAAAUUCAAAUUUAGCAGUAAAAUACAGUCGAGUAUGUUAUUUUACAAAUUGGGGUGUUCAUCGAUCGAUGAAAGAAGCACGUCUUCGUCCCGAAGAUAUUCCAGCUGAUUUAUGUACACAUAUAUUUUAUGCAUUUGCUAGUAUUGGAGGCUUAACAUUACAAGCAAAACAUCCAAAUGAUUUAAAUGCUUAUCAAGGAGAACAGCCACUUUAUCCUCGAAUUAUGAAAUUAAAAGAAAAAAAUCCUGAUUUAAAAAUAUUAAUUUCUUGUGGAGGAUGGGGAAAUUCGGGUGAAUUCGAUUCUCUUGCUUCAUCAGAAUCAUCACGUAAAAAUGCAAUAGCAUUUUGUCGUCAACAUGGUUUUGAUGGUGUUGAUUUAGAUUGGGAAUUUCCAACGGCUAAUAAUCGUGAAAAUUUUGGAUUAUUAACAAGAACAAUGCAUAUAGCUUUCAAAAAAGAAGCAAAAAAAUCCAAAAAAGAUCGUUUAUUACUCAGUCUAGCUGUAGCUGCUGGAGAAGUUUUAGUUAAACAAGGUUAUGAUGUACCAGUUCUUUGCAAUUAUGUCGAUAUGAUUAAUGUUAUGACAUAUGAUUUGUAUGGUUCAUGGACUGGUAAAAUUGGUCAUCAUAGUGCAUUAUUUCAUCGACGUGGAGAAAAAGGCGUGGAAAGAGAUUUAAAUACGAAUAGUUCAAUGUAUAAUUGGAUAAAAGCAGGUUGUCCACGUGAUCGUCUUAUUAUUGGUAUACCUGGUUAUGGUCGAGCUUUUACUGCUCCGGGAAAUGAUCCAGUAAAAUCAUAUGGUGAAGCUGGUAGUGUCAGUUCAAUAUCAUCACCUUAUUUAGGUGAAAGUGGUUUACUUGCUUUUUAUGAAAUAUGUAAAAAAGAACUAAGCGAAGGUUUUAAACGUUAUUGGCAUAAAGAACAUGAAAUUUCAAUUAGUUUUAAAGAUGGAAUAUGGAUUGGUUACGAUGAUCCAGAUAGUGUUAGAAAUAAAUGUGAAUAUGUAAAACGUGAAAGUUUUGCUGGUGCUAUGAUUUGGGCAUUAGAUAUGGAUGAUUUUAGUGGAAAAUUUUGUCAAAAAAAUCGUAAAAGACGAUUAAAACGUUUUCCUCUAGUUAAUGCAAUGAAAGAAGUAUUUGAAAAAGUUGAAAUAACAACACAAAUGACAACAUUACCUAUUCAAACAACAACAUUAACAAAUGAAACUAUUUUAUUAAAUGAAGAAUUUCAAAUUCUUUUAGAUCAAAUGUUUGAAGAAGCUUUAUCAUCAUCAUCAACAUUAUUUCAAUCUUAUUUUGUUCUUCUUUAUAUAUUUAUUAUUAACUAUUUCAUAGAAUCAUAG